AUUGGCGGCCGUUGGGGGCGCGGAAACUGAACUGCCGGAACUUCGGGCCUGCCGGCGCCAUGGCGGCCCCCUGCUUGGAUGAUCCAUCAUUGGAGAGAAAUUUCAGAGGUCACAAAGAUGCUAUAACCAGUGUGGAUUUCAAUCUCAACAUGAAGCAGUUAGUAAGUGGCAGCAUGGAUUCAUGUUUGAUGAUCUGGCACAUGAAACCUCAUAUGAGAGCCUAUCGUUUUGUGGGGCAUAAAGAUGCAGUGAUGUGUGUUCAAUUUUCCCCUUCUGGUCACCUUGUGGCAUCAGGAUCUAGAGAUAAAACUGUCCGUAUAUGGGUGCCAAAUCUCAAAGGAGAAUCUACAGUUUUCCGAGCUCAUACAGGAACUGUAAGAAGUGUCCAUUUUUCCAAUGAUGGUCAGUCAUUGGUGACAGCCUCAGAUGAUAAAACAGUAAAAGUGUGGACAGUGCACCGCCAGAAAUUUUUGUUCUCAUUCAGCCAGCACAUCAACUGGGUCCGCUGUGCCAAAUUCUCUCCUGAUGGAAGGCUGAUCGUAUCUGCCAGCGAUGAUAAAACUGUCAAGUUGUGGGAUAAGACUAGCAGAGAAUGUGUGCAUUCCUUUUGUGAACAUGGCGGGUUUGUCAAUUAUGUGGAUUUCCAUCCCAGUGGUACGUGCAUUGCUGCUGCUGGUACAGAUAACACUGUCAAGUUGUGGGACGUCAGGACCAACAGGCUCCUUCAGCAUUAUCAGUUGCACAAUGCCGGGGUAAAUGCCCUUUCCUUUCACCCAUCCGGAAACUACCUGAUCACAGCUUCCAGUGAUUCAACGCUGAAGAUUCUAGACUUGAUGGAAGGCAGGUUGUUAUAUACUCUUCAUGGCCAUCUGGGGCCAGCUACCUGUGUUGCCUUUUCAAGAUCAGGGGAAUUAUUUGCUUCUGGAGGUGUUGAUGAGCAAGUGAUGGUAUGGAAAUCUAAUUUUGAUGCUACUAAUUAUGGAGAUCCUCUGAAGACCCAUAGAUCUGGCGGUGCAAGGGGCGAUGCCAAGAGUCCGCCAGAAAUGGAUUUCUCAGAGACUUCCCUCAGAAUGAAAGCUCAAGAUUCUAUCAGGAGCCCACAGGCAGAUGUAAUCACCCUUCCCCCAACUAUUACCAACACCCUGGAACAUAUCGUGGGCCAGUUGGAUGUCCUCACCCAGACUGUUUCCAUUCUAGAACAGAGAUUGACCCUGACAGAAGACAAACUCAAGCAAUGCUUGGAAAAUCAGCAGUUAAUCAUGCAGAGUAAAGCUGAGUGAUUUGGAGAAGAAAGCAAAAUCAAGCGUGAUAAUAAGAGUUGAGGGUAUGUGUGGUGUGUAUGUGUGUGGUGAGGGUAUAAUGCAUUUGUAUUGUUUGAAUUAUGUGAAUAAAACUGAUAUUUUACUGAAA